GAAAAGACAGCAGGCUGCGAAUGCGGGUGGUUUACCGCGGUGGGAACGUGCCCGUUCGCCCCGUUUUCCGGGGAUCAUUAACGAGGCGAAUGACGUCGACAGCGCCGAAAGGGUGCGUUCGAAAUGCCUCGAGGCUCUGCAACCUGGAUGCCUGCCAGGCGCUCGCAUUCCUCUGGGGUGCCGUUAGAGCUCCGAGCAAAGGGAGGCCGACGGGGCACGGCGCUGAUCCGACCGGAGAGCUGCACCGGGGCGCAGCAGCCAGGAGACAAGUGGGUGUGUUGGGAGCUGGGGGUGGAGGCAAUAUGGGAAGAGAAACAAAAGGGGAGGGAAAAAAAAAAAAACACACGUGUUCUCAUUCACCACCUUCGCCACUACGGCGAGAAACGGGGCUGCGGACGGGUCCGCCGGAGGGAUCCCUGCCUCUGCCUCCCAGCUGAGAGCCACUUAACUGCGGUCAGCCCACUUCCUACAGAGCGGCGACUGUGAUCUCGGUCCUUUUGCACCGCGGAGCGGGAUUCCAGAUCACAGGCAGUCCGUCGGCGCGGCAGGGAGGGUGGACGGUUUCGUAACGGUGGGGCAAGACAGAGGGUACUUUUCUUACUGAGGCCAACGCGAUGGGCGUGGCCCCUUUGGCAGGGAACUGGGCAGCGUGAGGGGCCAGGGGCGGGGGGUUCCCGACCGGACCGAGCGCAAGGGGAGGGCCGCGUACAGUGAGGGGGGUGGGGAGAGGAAGAGGCCUGGUUCUGGGAGAGAUGUGGGGCCUGUGGCUGUGGGCAGUCGCGCUGGGCGCCUGGCGCAGCGUGGAGGCCGGUUGCUCGGGCCGGUGCUGCCCGGGAACGGACCUCACCUGCGCCAGCACAGACUGGAGGACGGACCGAAACUUCGGGAGCUGCUUCUGCGACGAGAACUGUCAGAGGACCAAGGACUGCUGCUUCGACUAUCCCACCGUGUGUCCAGCGGAGCACUGCCGAGUGAGCCAGUGGAGCUCCUGGAGUGGUUGCUCCCAGCAGUGCCAUCCCGCCUUCCGCCACAGGAAGCGCCACAUUGAGAAAGAGCCCAGUAAUAGUGGAGAUGCCUGUCCCCCACUGGAGGAGCGGGCUGGCUGCCUCGAGUACCUCGACCGACAAGGGCGGAACUGUGCCUUGGCUCUGGGUCCAGCUUUAAUAACAUCUGCAGAGCACGGCAAAGGAAGACCAACACAUGACCCAUAUGGACAACCGGUGGACCCUGGCUACUGCGUUGAGUUCAAGAUGGUGUCACUGACCUCCCACUGUGCAGCAGAUGGUCAGCCCCACCUUCGCUGGACUCAGUACCUGCGUGAGGGCUACACGGUGUGUGUGGCAUGCCAGCCCCCAGCCAUGCAGGAGCCUGACCGCAGUUGUCAGGGAGAUGGCGCCACCUCUGGCAGAGAUGAGCUGCUUCACUGGCAGGCUGUGGACAACCCCCACUGCAGGGGCACCUGGUCACGGGUGCGGAUGCUGGAACGCUGUGCAUGCCCACAGGUGCACCACUUUGUCUUCAUCUAAACAGACUUGGAAGACAUUCAGGAUAUUCCCUGAAUAUUCCUGAAGGUUCCAGAAAAAUCACCGGAUGCCAGUCUAAUGCAGCAAAGCAAUACUAGCAAUGAUCUCUUUUUCAAAAAAUGUCCUGCAGUUUGGGCAUAUACAAAUAUCUACUUAACUAAAAGUGGUAAAUGUACUGGAGUAAUGGGCACACAAAAAAUAUAAAUACAUGCACAUUAAAAAGUAAUCAUUUCCAUUUUGUGCUGCGUUCUGUAAAACAUCUUUGUAGAUAUAUUUAACAUUAAACGUAAUACCACUGAGAUGACUGUUUAAAUAUUACUUC